AUGGCGUUAUUGACGACAGAGGAGCGCUUGGCUCAAAAUAUUGCAAGGCUGCAACAUUUGCCGUCGAUUUCGUUGCCUACCGACUAUCCACGGCCAGUAGGUGCCAACAAACUCGUCGAGGCUGCUCAUUUGGCAGAGCUCUCAGACCAUGCUUCUCUUUCCCUCAUGAAGUUGGCGCUGUACGAUGAGAAUGGAGAUUCCGAUGACGACGACAGUCAGCAUACCAAGCGACCGUCAGCUUUCCAUCUUCUAUUGGCUGCAUUUACCGUCCUUUUGCACCGCUACACUGGAGAAACAGAUAUUCUCAUAGGAUCAUCUUCUGCCUCUGCCAAGGACCCCCUCGUUCUCCGCAUCUCCGUAGAUCCUCUCGAUCCUUUCUGGGCCAUUGUGCGUAGGGUACAGCAGCUUGAGCAAGAGGCAGAGUCCAUUUCAGUUCCUUUUGAGGCCAUCACCAAUGCCUUGUACAAGAACAGGGACCCAUUAUUAGAGGGCCCCCUCUUCCGAGUCCGUUUUUUCGAUGAAAUGGACCAGCCGAUGGAGAAUUUUAUACGAUCUACAAGCUUGACUUCCGAUCUUACAGUCUUUGUGACACGGCCCCCAGCAUCUUCCCGUGCAUCCAUCGCCCCCCGUAUCUCUCUCCGUAUACUCUACAACUCCCUUUUUUUCACUCAUGCUCGUAUCUCAACCAUCGUCGACCAACUAUCGAACUUUCUCCGUCGAGUAUCGUCUAAUCCAGUCGCUCCCAUUGGCGCCAUUCCACUCCUGACUCCUGCUCAACGAGAAAAGCUCCCCGAUCCAACCGCUGACCUCAACUGGUGCGACUGGAAGGGUGCUAUCACUGAUGUAUUCUCCCGCAAUGCCCGUGAAUGGCCGAAUCGGCCGUGUGUCAUUCAGAGUCUGCCUGCGCGUUCCCUUUCGGAUCCACAAGAGAAGAUUACCUACUCGUAUGGAGCAAUAAGACGAGCUUCCAACAUCUUGGCACACCACCUUCUCAAAGGAGGUGUCCAACGAGAAGAGGUCGUAAUGGUCUAUGCUCAUCGCAGCGUCGAUCUAGUGGUUGCCGUAAUGGCAGUGCUGAAAGCCGGAGCGACCUUCUCUGUAAUUGAUCCCGCGUACCCUGCGUCGCGUCAAAUUAUCUACCUCCGGGUUACCCAGCCGCGCGGCCUAAUUGUCCUCAAGGGAGCUGGAGUCAUUGCUCCUUCCGUGCGUGAAUUCAUCUCUACGGAUCUCAAAAUUCGAGUAGAGGUGCCUGCACUGGAGAUCGAGCCUGACGGUACCAUAUUCGGAGACGUCAGUCAGGACAACGUCGAUGUCUUGCACUCCCUAUCUAAUUUAGCGGAGACGGAUCCUAACGUGGUCCUUGGUCCUGAUAGUAUCGGCACCCUUUCGUUCACCAGCGGAAGUACCGGUAUUCCUAAGGGUGUAAGGGGACGUCAUUUCAGUCUGACGCAUUUCUUUCCCUGGAUGGGUGAACGCUUUGAUCUCAACGAAAAUUCCAAGUUUACGAUGCUUAGUGGGAUUGCCCACGAUCCAAUCCAACGCGACAUGUUUACUCCCCUCUUCUUUGGCGCUCAGUUACAUGUUCCCACGGCCGAUGAUAUAGGAACUCCUGGACGAUUAGCAGAGUGGAUGGCUGAUAGUGAAGUAACGAUUACUCAUUUAACACCGGCUAUGGGUCAGCUACUCUCAGCACAAGCGACGCGUCAAAUCCCUUCGCUUCGUAAUGCUUUCUUCGUUGGUGAUGUCCUCACCAAGCGCGAUUGUCUCCGGCUCCAGUCCUUAGCCGCUAACGUCCGGAUUAUCAACAUGUACGGAACGACGGAGACACAGCGAGCAGUCUCCUACUUCGCCAUUCCGCCGGUAUCGGUUGAUCCUACUUUCCUUGCCACGCAGAAGGACAUCAUGCCUGCGGGUGAAGGGAUGAUUGAUGUCCAGCUUCUGGUCGUGAACAGGAAUGACAAGAACAUCCCGUGUGCCAUCGGUGAAGUCGGCGAGAUCUACGUUCGCUCUGGUGGCUUGGCAGAGAGCUACCUCGAUGCCGACUCGUCCGCGGAGAAGUUCGUCACCAACUGGUUCUUAGCCUCCGCGCCAACCAGGAAGGAUACAAUCAAGCAGCCUUUGAACAACACACUUCCAGGGCCUGAGGCUAGACACUGGAAGGGCAUACGUGAUCGGAUGUAUCGGUCCGGUGAUUUGGGACGAUACAUGCCUGAUGGCGUAGUGGAGUGCACAGGACGCGCCGACGACCAAGUCAAAAUUCGCGGGUUCAGAAUAGAACUUGGAGAGAUCGAUACGCAUCUUAGCCAACACCAUCUUAUUCGAGAGAAUGUCACCCUUGUGAGGCGUGAUAAAGACGAGGAGAAAAUUCUUGUUAGCUACUUUGUUCCUUUGGGUGGCGAUAAACUUGAUGAAUUCGCGAGCGAUAUCACUGACGAGGAAGGUCCAAAAGGACUGGUUCAUGGUAUUAGGAAGUACCGGCGCCUAAUCAAGGAUAUCCGAGAGCAUCUCAAAAAGAAACUGCCUAGCUACAGCGUCCCCACUCUUUUUGUUCCAUUGAAGCGUAUGCCGCUUAAUCCUAACGGCAAGAUCGACAAACCCGCCCUACCUUUCCCCGAUACCGCCCAAUCUGCCACCGCUGCACCCUCCACUGGCAAAGCGACGUCAACAGAAGGGAAAAUGCGCGAGCUCUGGUCCAAAAUACUUCCAAACGCACCCUACCCCCUACCAUUAGAUGAAAGCUUCUUCGAUCUCGGUGGACACUCCAUUCUUGCCACGCGCCUUAUCUUCGAGAUCCGCAAGACCUUCGUAGUCGACGCGCCCCUAGGACUGAUCUUCGACGAACCCACCAUCUCUGGCCUCGUCAAAGCCGUUGAGGCGCUGCGUAAUGCUGACUUGGGGCUCACGUACAAGGAGCUGACUACCACACCCCUCCUUGCAGUCCCUCAGAAAAAGCCCGUGACGACUAUCGAAUAUGGCAAGGAUUACGACCAGCUGUUACCGAAGCUGCAUGAGACCUACGCGCCGCUUCCUUCAGACUUCGCGAUAAAGCCGAUUACAGUCUUCCUCACUGGUGCAACUGGUUUCUUGGGCGCGUUCGUACUGCGCGAUUUGCUUUUGCGGCGUGAAAGGGUGAAAAAGGUCAUUUGCCUUGUCCGGGCGAGCGAUCGUGAUAAAGCUUUGGCUAGGUUGAAGGAAGGGUCGACGAAUCGAGGAGUAUGGGAUGAUGAAUGGGUGAAUACUGGGCGGUUGGAGGUCCUAACUGGUGAUUUGAGUUUGGAAAACUUCGGUUUGGGGGAGGCGUGGAGCAGGGUGGCCGAAGAGACUGACGCUAUCCUGCAUAACGGUGCUUUGGUGCAUUGGGUCUACCCGUAUGAGAAACUACGGGCGGCCAACGUUCUUUCUACUUUGACUGCUAUCGAGCUCGCGUCGACGGGGAAGCAAAAGCUCGUUGUCUUCGUGUCUUCCACGUCAGAUGUCGACACUGAGCACUACGUCCGCCUUUCGGAAUCAUUGACUGAUUCAAACCAACAAGGCAUACCCGAAAGCGAUGACCUGGAAGGCGCUCGAGCGUCCCUGAAGACCGGGUAUGGUCAAAGCAAGUGGGUAUCGGAAAAGCUUCUUUUCGAAGCAGGGCGGAGAGGCCUGAGGGGGCAUAUCGUGCGACCCGGUUACGUAGUUGGCGAUUCUCGGAGUGCCGUCACAAAUACCGACGACUUCAUCUGGCGUAUGGUAAAGGGCUGUAUCCAGCUGGGACUUGUUCCCGACAUGAACAACACCGUCAACAUGGUACCUGUAGAUCACGUCGCACUAUGCACCUCCCUAGCGACAGUCUCUCCCCUUCCCGACGCUGCCCUUUCAGUUAUGCACAUCACCGCCCGCCCGCUCCCCACAUUCAACGGCAUGCUCUCCUCCCUUACGCAGUACGGCUUCCCCACCGAACAAUGCGAGUACCUCGUCUGGCGGAGGAAGCUCGAACAGCACGUCAUGGAGGUGCAAGACAACGCGUUGUAUCCCCUCCUUCACUUCGUACUGGAUGAUCUGCCGACAAGUACCAAGGCGCCAGACUUGGACGAUACGAAUACAGCCAGUGUGUUACGGCCCCAUACAGAAAGGGUGAACACGACGGUGGACGACGAGUUGAUGGGCAAAUACCUUGCGUGGUUGGUUAGAGCUGGCUUUUUGCCUUCUCCAACGAUCGAAAAUCCUGCUAAAAUGCUGCCGAUACUAGAAGGGGGGGUUGUAAAAGCUGCUGGUCGUAGUGGCGCAUAAAAAAGUCCUGCCAUAUGUUGGAUAAGUCUUCAAGUGUAAUAAUAGAGUCAAACUAGUGGUCUGGUUUUUUUUUUUUUCGUUGAGGUGACUACCGUGUUGGCAUCGCUAUACGGACAGCACAUAAAAGUCGCGAAAGUCAUAUGUGCCCCUCCCGAGA